AUGAAUGCUUGGAAUAAUUUGGGAUGGAGCGAUGCCACAGGGAAUAGUAAUACUAACUCCAGCAGCACACAAAACCAGAACCAGAGUCAAGGUGGGAAUAUCAACUUGAGUCAAAGCCAACCUCAUAAGAAAGGCCGUACAUCCCAAUCCCAAGAACUGCAACAGGCACAGGCUGGAAACCUCCCUGCUAUUGGUCCAGCAUCCAAUUCCCCAGUAUUUCAACCAACAAUUGCCAUACCGAUAAAGUCAGAACAAAACUCACUCGUCAAUACCCAGGGAACCAUGUCAGGUACAAUAAGUACGAUAUCUGGACAUGGAGGAGCUUUUCCAACUGAGCGUGACAGUUCACAUAGGUUAGCGCUCGGUACAUAUCAAUCACAACAACCAUACCCACCACAAUUCUUGGAGCACUCACACCACCCCGUUUAUUAUCAACAAAGCCAACCUCAGGUGCAUUACCAACCAUACCAAAGUAACCAGGGUCACGCAGUUCCAGAAGAGGCAACCAAGAUACAUCACCCUCAUAAUAGCUUUCCUGCUUAUGAGGGUACUCACUACGCCCAAAGUCAUGCCCCUAACUAUGAAACCCAUUCACAACCCGGCAAUUUCAACCCAGCAGGUUCCUUUAUAGCAGCACAAAACGAGGAAUCUCACAAUACAGAGCACUGGGAUCAAACACACCAGUAUCCUUCAACACCAUCAAUUGCUUCUCAACAAGUCCAGGGUAGGGUGCAAGAGAAUAAUUCUUUCCCCACUCCCAAGCAACCACCGGCAUUCAAUCCUAAGGAAGUAAAUUCUAGUAAGUCUUCCGCAUCAUCACCUAACAUGAAAUACGAAACCUCACCAUCCUCCAAUUCUUCCUUCUCGCUGCAAAGUGGAGGUAGGUCAUACAGUUCCCAGGGGAAAAGCAAUAAGCCAGUAGCUAAGAGAUCGCGAAUGGGUUGCUUGACGUGCAGACAACGUAAGAAGAGAUGUUCAGAGUCUAAGCCAAAGUGUGCUGAAUGUUCCAGACUAAGAUUAAACUGUGUAUGGCCAACACCCGGUACUGAACGGAAAAAUAAACCCAAAGAAGCGAAAGAAGAAGAAAAUACAAUGGAGCAUGAGAUAUAUGGAAAGAUAAAGGUGCUAAGGGGAAUUGUGGAGUACAAGAGUAAUUAA